ACCUGACAGGACCGUCGCCUUCUAAGUGAUUUUUCGAAUCAAGCCCGUGCGCCGCGACUUGAGCUGCGACCUCGAGCAAUCGGUUAGAGAAGGGAGAGGAGGCCGAGAAGAAGAGUAAGGAGAAGGAAUCCAUGGCACUGCGACUGCCCGGCAUACAUGCGGCUAUGGUGAUUAAACGUUAUUGAAGGUGCUCAGAUCAUGCGUGGCAAGAGGAGAGGGGGAUCCGGAACUGAAAGGUGAAAUGGAAAAUAAGGUAGAAGAGGUGGGAGAAACAUCACUUACUACCAAUGUGCCAGAUACAUGCAUCCGCGGUGACCAAGAGUUAACUGUGAUCCAGAAGAAGCAUAGGUGAAUGAGACAGGCUGAGGAGGAGAAGAUGAGAAGUCAGAGAAGGAUGGCAGGCGGCUCAAAUAGCUGAGUUAUAUCAACAGAAAAUAAAAGGAGAGGGUGGAGGCGCUGACCUCUUGAUCAAAAGAGAUGCGGCCAAGGUCUCAAAAACUACACGAUCUUGACAGGCCAAGCCUGGGAGAAACAGGUAGGACAGAGGAGGAAAACUUGAUCGCUAUUGCGAAUAUGGUCAUCAAAAGGUAUUCGAGUCACCCAGGAGGAGGAUGAGUCCAAGCGACUGUGUUUGCGCAUGAGAGUCAAAGAUGACCAGUCUUAGAGUUAAGUGGAGCAGCAGAAUGGACGAGGGGAACGAGGAGCCAAUAUCAUCGUGCGAGGUCAGCGCGGCUGUGGCUAUGGCGGUCGACAGGCACUCGGAAUGCGCAGCGACCAUUCUUAUGAGACGAGGCCUCUUUGACAUGGUGAAGGCAUGUUUGCAGAUCGACAGAGGGAAGAGGGAUAAAAGCAACAGCAGUAGUCACGUUGUGAAUGCAAAAGGGAUAAGUAUAGAGUCUAACUCUACAGGCGAAUCCAAAAGGAAGAUUGCAGGGGCUGUGGGAAGAGGAGACAACGCAGGAAAGAGAGGAGUAGCAGCACCAGUCUGGUCACGGGUUUCAACCACCGUCUUCACGGGAAUAGAACGGCCAGUCGGUAUAGCGGUAUUUUGGGCAACUUUCAGUCUAGAUAAGAGCGAUAAUGACCGGGCGUUCUAUUGGGGUGAAGACGGUCGCCUACCUCGCAAACGCCGGUGUCGUCAAGGAAACUUGUCAUGGAUUGUGGUUGUGGAUAGUUGGAGAAGAGCUCCCGGACUUAGAGGAGGGCAGGUGAGAGGAGGGCAGGUGACAAGAGAGGAGGAAAAGUGGAUAGCAUCUGGAAGAUUUGCGAGCUGUUUUCUCGCAAGGAAGGUGCCGUCAACAAAACUCUAUAGUGGAUUGGAAGUUGUCUACGUCCUCAUCCAUUCCUCAUUCAAUAUUCCUUCUCCAUCAGCUCCUCUUCCUCCGCUAGUCAUAUUGGAUUCUUCGCUGUUGGUGUCCGAAUCGGCGCCGUUGUCAGCGUCUGAUCUGCUUUUGACAGUGCAAGAUUCUUCUCAGAGGAUGGAGCGACAAAGCGAUCACGGCUCUUAUCUAAAGUCCCAGAAAACGACACCAGGUCUCGUGCACCAGUCGAUAUCCAUAAUGGAUCAAGAUAAGACGGAAGAAACCUAUCAGGAGACGAUGGAUAGAACGGAUCCAAAUUUGGAUCAGCUUAAGACGGAUGAAACCGAUCAGGGUAAGAUAGACAAAACGGAUUCCGUUAUGGGUCAGGAUAAAACGGACGAAACGGAUACGCAUAAGAUGGAUAGACGGGAUUGGGGUCAGAUGGACAGAGCAUAUCUGCACGAGGCGGACAAAAUGCAUCAGGAGACGAUGAUUCAGAUAAGCAACACAGUAAAAAUGGAGAAAGAGGAAAUGAACAAAGAGGAUAAACAUAGGAAGGAUAGGACCGAUUGCCAUGUCAUCGUUGACGAUAAAACGGACAAGGAUAAAACCGGGAAAGGACAUAAGGUGCGACUUGAUGGUCUCGAUGGAAAAAGAAACGAGGAUGAGGAUGGUGUCCAUGAUAAUCGCCGAAGUAUGGAAGGAGAGCAACUGUCAAGCGAUCAUUACAGUGAGUGGCUGAAAUCGAUGGCAAUGGCUAAAGGCGCAAGUUCGACAGGCACUGCCCACGUGGCAGUUUCAACAACAGCAAUGAACGAGAAUCGUGGCUACGAUGGUGGGUGUUCGUCCGGCGUCGCAAUUCCCGAUGCGGCAGAAGUUACAGCCACUCCGGUGUCAGAGGAGCAUAGCAGCGGUGAUGCUCGUGUCCGCCUCGUAUGUCCAGAUAGUUAUGUAAGUGCAGGGCUUGUCCCGGUCGCAGCUGCAGCGGAGAGAGGGCAGGAAAAGCGUGGUCCUUGCCGCGCAGAUGCCGACUUGGCAACUGCACAGUCGCCGGGCACCGUGGCGAGCCCAAAAGAAAUGGUCCAAGUGCCGGGUUUGGCACGUCCUGCCACGGCGGCGAUACCAGUGAUGUCUGACCCUCAUUCUGAAGACGUGACAAGUUCACGUGAAGUCGACCUUGCACUAUUGAAUAUUGUCACGUUUGCAAGUCGAGAUAUUCACGACGCGGCAAGUCCAGCAAUGGGAAGCAAACUGGACCGCGAUUCAGAUAAAGAAGAUUCUUCCCACGUGGCAACGGCUUCAUCAAUACCACGACAAAAGGAACCUAGAGAUCAUGAUCAAGACCCCUCCUACGUGGCAACGCCCACAGUGGAUGUCCUGGAAAAUCUGCCAGGGGCGCAAGAGGAGGAGAAAGAGGAGGGCAAGGCGGAGGAGCAGGAGAAGGCGAAUGAAAGGCGGAAAGACGUGCUCUUGGAGAGUAGUAUCUCAGACCGUGACCGUCUCGAGAGAUUUGAGCACUAUACUGGUACAACUGCAAAGAAUGAUAAUAGCGAGUCAUUAUCGCAAGAUCUUCAGAUUGUCGUUGAUGACGUCAUCGACACAGCUGUCGCUGAUGGGGUGAUUUCAGGUUCAGCCGUUCAAUCCCCCGCCCAAGUAGCCAGCGACGGUAGAUUAUUUCAGGAGAGUUGGGUCGAUGUUCGCGCUACACCACGCUUCUUCGACGACAUGACCGAAAUGGAAUCCCAUCCGUUUGAUGUUGCGUUGGAGAGAUGGACAUAUCAAUCAGCGGGCCAUGAAUCAGGCGGGCAGCGAGAGUACCCCUUCCUUCGAGGUGAGGAUGAUGAAAGGGCGCAGGGUGGAGAAGUGGCGGCAACGAGAGAUGACGGUCGUUCUAGAUCACGAGAUGCGAGCACUCGAGCUUGGCAAGAGGGAGGAGGAGCACGAGCAGGAGGGACGGGGAGGAGUGGUAGGGAGCGGACCACGGAGGCAGAUGAGACCCAGCCUUCAGAGAUUCACGCACGUUCAUCGGCGAUGGAUCAGAGGAGCAAGGCGAAGACGAAUGAAAAGGGAACGGACUACUACUUUCUCCUGAAGAAAGCAACCGGCACUGAGAGCGAGGGUAGCCCAGAUACGAAAGAAGGAAGAGGAAAAGGAUGGACAGAAGGAGGAGGAGGAAGAGGAGGAGGGGUCAGGGGACGAGAAGAGGGUUUUGAUGUGAGAUGGGUGGUUCCUCCAAGUCGAACCGAAAGAGUUGACGGCUCCACCACAAUAGGAUCCGUGGCUCCGAAGGGCCGCCGUGGGAUUUCUCCCUCCGAAAAAGACGAGAGAGAGGUGGAGGAAGCCCUCCACAUGGCAGCGAGUCCGUUUUCUGCUCCGUCGGAUGGUCGAUCCAAGCGCCAACGGGAUUGGCAGCUGCAGGUGGACGGCCUCCCUUCCUCUGCUCGGCAUGACAUGGAACAGUCAUCACUUAAUUUCUCGAGAGAAAGUGAACAUGGGAAGAACGAGGAGGAGGAUGAGAAGAAAAAGAAUGGCAGUGAUGAACGGGAGAGAAAUCUUGGGUCUACGGCCGCAGUAUCGACAAUUGAGGGGAAUAUCAUGGGCUUGUCUGCUUCAUCCUCGAAACGCUUCCGAGUCUUGGGGUUGCGUUCCGUUGGAGGUACCGGCGCGGCUUCGGCCAGGAGUUGGAGGAAAAGAAUGGCAUCCGAUGACGAUGAUUGGAAAGAGAUAGAGGACUGGAUAAGAUUGGAGGAGGAGCGGAGCAGGAGAGCGUUGAUCCGAGAAAGGAGGAGGAGAAAGCGAGGCAGGAUGACGAUCGACCAAGUUGAGGCUAUCGUCUAUGACCGUGUCAGUCGAGCUUGCGAAGCUCGUCGAGGUCGUGCACAACAUCGAGUGGUGAGUGCGAAGUGUGGUGACUGGUGGAGGAGGGCAGCCUUCCAGUAUGAAAAGUCCCAUGGAGGAAGGGAGGUGAAGGAGAAGCGAAUAAGGGAAGGGAGUACGAAGGAGGAGGACACGAGAACGGGGAAGAAGGGCCUGGAGAAAUUACGGAAGAAAACCCGUAAGGAACUGCAAUUCUAAUAUCAUUGGAUAACAGGUGUUGGACCGUGAAUAGUCAAUUGAACUUUGAGGGAUCAUCAGGGAUUUUCGGACGGGGCGCACCACAGUUGUGAAAAGUGAGGUCUACCACUCAUCACUCCCCUGACAUAUAUAUUUUAUAUAUAUAUGUACGUAUAUGUAUCUAAGUACAAGACCGUACCCGGGCCUAGGUUUUGACUAGCUAUGGUCUAGGCUCUAUUGGGAGAUUACUGAGAAGAUUAGACUGACGAUUACACGAGGAAAGGGGACCGCUCUACAGUAAAUUCUUGUAAGUUUU